AUGUUCACUGCUGCAGCUGGUACUGUGCUGAGCCUGUUGGCGGGAAGAGCCAUGGCGGAGACGGUCCAUGGAGUUGUUGUCUUCACCCGUCACGGAGAUAGAACAACCAAACACUACGGCGCCCAAACCCUCACCAACCUCGGCACCACCCAAAACUUUCAAAUCGGCAGCGACUACCGCGCCCGCUACAUCGAAUCCAGCUCCCCUCACCAAAUCCUCAACAUCUCCGAAUUCAACUACGUCCCCUCCCAAAUCUACGCCUCCGCUCCAAAUCAAGGCAUCCUCCUCAACACCGCCACCGCCUUCCUCCAGGGCCUCUACCCACCCCUCGCCGACCUCAACCCCUCAAUCGCAACCCAAACCCUCAACAACGGAAGCGAAUCCACCUCCCCCUUAAACGGCUACCAAUACAUCACCCUCCAAGGCAUCCCCCCCAACUCCCCCGACGCAAUCUGGAUCAAAGGCGACGACAACUGCCCAGCCGUCACCCAAGCCAGCCAAUCCUUCGAAUCCAGCCCCGAAUUCACCACCAAACUCACCUCCACCCGGGAAUUCUACCAAAGCCUCUUUCCCGUCUUAAAAUCGGUAUAUGAUAUCACCUCCCCAGAAGAUCUAAGCUACGCCUCCGCCUACGACAUCUACGACCUCAUCAACGUCGCCCGGCUGCACAACUCCUCCUUUUCCAUCUCCCCCUCCCAACUCUUCCAACUCCGCACCCUGGCCGACAGCGCAGAGUUUGCAUACAAUUUCAAUGCCUCGCAGCCUGAGCGGUCGAUCCAUGCCCGGACCUUAUCGUCUGCUAUCGUGACGCAGCUGAACAAAACUGUUGCCUUGGAGGGCGCGCUCAAGUUUUCUCUGUUGGCGGGGAGCUACGAUGCGUUUCUUGCGUUUUUUGGACUUGCCGGGCUGACGGAGGUAAGUGAGAGUUUUUAUGGGUUGCCUGAUUAUGCGUCUACGAUGGCUUUUGAGCUUUAUUCCCGUGAGACGAGGACUUCUUUCCCGGAGGAGAAGGAUCUUUGGGUGAGGUUUUUGUUUAAGAAUGGGACUGCUGGGGGGUUGGAUUCUUGGCCGCUGUUUGGGACCGGGAGGGAGAGUCUCUCUUGGGGGGAGUUUACUAGGGAGAUGAAGGGGAGGGCUAUUGGGAGUGCGGAGGAGUGGUGCUCUGCUUGUGGGAGCAGCGAUGGGUUUUGCGAGACGUAUACUGGUGUUGCUGCUGAGAUGUUCACCAGAGGGGGCAUGCCGAAUGCUGUUGCUGGGGUUGUUGGCGCGGCGGUUACGCUUGUGGUGUUGGGAAUUGUGGGGUUGGUGGCGUUCUUGUUUGUGAGGAGACGGAGAUCGGGCGGGAGUGUGGUGGUGAUGGCGGAUGAGAAGGGGAGUGUGAGGAGUGGGAGUACGGGGGCUGGCAAGCUGUGA